AUGCCCCAGCUUAAUCCUGCUCCUUGGUUCUACAUUUUAAUCUUCUCAUGACUAGUCUUCAUUUUAAUUAUUCCCCAUAAAGUGGUUGCCCACACUUACCCAAAUCCCCCUACUAGUAAAACUACUGAAAGCCCCAAAACAGAGUCCUGAAGUUGACCAUGAUAG